AUGCCCAGCGCAACAGCCUCCGGCGCCGACGCCGACUCUGGCAGCGCGCGCAACCGGGAGCACAAGCAAGGCAAUCAAGACCGCAAGGCCACUCCCGAGCAAACCGCCGCCGUCCUGCGCAUCCGCAGAUGCACCGCCACCGCCUUCUACGAGAUCUUAGACGUCCAGAAGACAUGUACCGAUGCAGAGGUGAAGAAGGCCUAUCGCAAGCAGUCUCUGCUGACCCACCCGGACAAGAAUGGACACGAGAAUGCCGAUGAGGCUUUCAAGAUGGUUAGCAGGGCCUUUGGCGUCCUGGGUGAUAAGGAGAAGAGGGAGAAAUUUGACCGCUUCGGCACGGAUCCGGACUCCAGAUUCGAGAGCGCAAGGGCGCAGCAAAGUAAUCCCUUCAGUGGCUUCGGAGGUGGCAGACCGAGUGGAGGUGCCCCGGGCGCCGGGUUUGGGGGUGGCGGUAUGUGGGAGCAGGAAAUCAGCCCUGAAGAGAUGUUCCAGCAGUUCUUCAAUGGUGGCUUUGGAGGAGGGCCGUUUGGCGGCGGCGGUUUUGGUGGUCCGCAGUUCGUCUUCAACCUCGGUGGACAGAGAGGCUUCCGGGUACAUCAGAUGGGCGGCGGUGUGCCGCGCAGGAGGCCACGGACGCAAGCGGAUGGUCAACCGCAACGAGAGACGGGCGGCUGGGACACACUCGUUUCGAUGCUGCCCAUACUCUUCCUCUUCCUUUUCCCACUCUUGACCUCGUUAUUUUCCGGUGGCGACAGCCAACCUGCCAUGCCGGGCGUCGUAUUCGACCGGGAAGUUCCACCUCUAACAUUACAUCGGCAAACGCAAAAGCUCAAUAUCAACUACUACGUCAACCCGCGAGAUGUAGCGGGCUGGUCGGACUACAACCUUAAGCAGUUAGACAGGGAAGCCGACAGCACCUUUGUCAGGACGUACAGGAUGAAGUGCGAGACGGAAAUGCGGACGAAGCAGAACUUGCAUGAGCAGGCUCAGGGAUGGUUCUUCCAGGACCCGGAGAAGAUGCAAAUUGCGAGAGAGUACGAUAUGCCGAGCUGUGACAGGCUAAAGACCAUGGGCAUUGCAAGGUAG